AUGGCCCGGGCGUAUUUCUCACCCUACGCCCCCCGGCGACGGCGUUCUCCCCAGGUCGUGGUGGUCUGGGUCUCCAUGUUCGCCUUCAUCCUCUGGUUGACCUGGUACAUCACGACUCGCCACAAGGAGUAUGCCGACGAGUUUAUGCACCCUAGGGAGCAUGGCCAGGGGCCAUCGACAACCUGUUUGGGCGGCGGUCACCCGGCAUGCGGCAUGUCUGCUGGGCUCCAUGAGAUUCAGAGAGUCAAGGCUGCCAUAACGAAACAACAACAAGCUGGGUCGUCUCGGAGGUAG